AAUUCAUUCGUUUCAAAACAAAAUUUCAUUUUAUUAUUUUAUAAUUUGUUGUAAAAGAAGUACAUUUUACUGUGAAUAUUAUUAUUUUAUUAGUUAAAAAAAAUUUAAUAUAUUAAUUACGCUAUUUAACUAAACAGGAUAAGGAAGCAGGAUUGAAGAAUUUCAUUCCUGUUUUUGAAUGAAAAUAUGGCUCCUAUAAAGGCACCUCUUAAAACAGCACAAUCUACUACUGCUUUAAAUACAAGAUUCAAUUCAAAUUUAUUAUUACGUCGUGGUAUUUCAACAAGGACUCAACAAAAUAUUGGAAAGCCUAUAGCUGUAUCAAAAGACAGUCGUUCAAAACGAAAAGCUAAUUCACCACUGAAAGAAGCAAAGGAUGUAAAACAAAUUGAUUUAGGAAAUAAACGAGCUGCAUUGGGCGAUAUUACAAAUGCUACAUGUAACGAGACUGACGUAAAAAAGACUGGUUUAAAAGAUACUUCAAAUGCAAUAAAAAAAGUAACAGUACAAACAAAAUUCAUAAAAAAUGUUAAACAAAAGGCAUCAAUUGAAAAUAUUCGUCCAAUUAAUGGAAUUCAAAAUAAAAUUGCUCCCAUUACGCGGAGCCAAAUAAAUCGACCAGAUCUUGUUUUAAAAGCAAAGGUUUCGAACAAGGUUACUUCAAAACUACCGGAUGCAAGUAAAAAAAUUACUCAACAAAGAACAAGUGAUGCUUCUGAGAAAAGUGAAGAUUCACUGUACGUUACAGCAACUGAGGACCUAAACGAUGCACCAUCAAAAGAACCCGCUUCAGAUAAAACUUCUACUGAAAUAAAAAAAGUCGUAGAAAUUUCACCACCAUUAAUUGCACCUAAAGAACCAGAGUUAAUUCGCGAAGUUCCAGAAGGCGUUGAAGAUUUUGAUAAGGAAAAUUGGGAUGAUAUUUUCCAAGCUUCACAUUAUGCAAUGGACAUUUUUGAACAUUUGAAAAAUAGAGAGUCUCACUUUCAAAUUCGAGAUUAUAUUAGUAAACAACCACAUAUAAAUAUUCACAUGCGAUCAUUACUUGUCGAUUGGAUGGUUGAAGUUCAAGAAAGUUUUGAACUAAAUCAUGAAACCUUGUAUUUAGCUGUUAAGCUAGUGGAUAUGUAUUUAAAUAAAAUUCAAGUUGGUAAAGAUGUACUACAAUUGGUUGGCGCGGCAAGUUUAUUCAUUGCUAGUAAAUAUGACGAAAGAAUGCCACCUUUGAUUGAUGAUUUCCUAUACAUAUGUGAUGGUGCUUACGAAAAACGACAAAUGUUAAAAAUGGAGAUGAACGUUCUUAAAAAUUGUAAUUUCGAAAUGGGUAUUCCAUUAUCAUAUCGAUUUUUACGACGGUACGCUCGGUGUGCUAAAGUCAAAAUGCCAACAUUAACAUUAGCAAGAUUUAUUUUGGAAUACUCACUAAUGGAUUACACAACAAUUACGCAUUCAGACUCAAAAUUAGCAUCUGCAGCUUUGUAUAUUGCACUUAGAAUGGAAAAAAUAAGUGGAUGGACGUCAACUUUGGAAUAUUAUUCAGGAUACCAAUUGGAAGAUUUCAUGCCCGAAGUAAAACUUUUAAACGCUUAUUUACAUAAACCUCAAAAAGACUCAUUGAGCACAAUUCGAAACAAAUAUUCUCAUAAAUUGUUCUUUGAAGUUGCAAAAAAACCAUUAAUAACGCUAUAACAUACCAUAUAAUUAAAUAUAGAUAAUUUUAACUGUCACAAAAAAAUAAAAAAUAAU